AUAUCUCCUUCACAUUCAUCCCAAAAACAUUCCUAGAAUUUUCUAUGGCUCCUAAGGCUCUUGCAGUUACAGCUCUUCUUCUCACACUUAAUCUUCUUUUCUUCAGUUUUGUAACUUCCACAAAAUGUCCACCGACUACUCCUAAAACCCCAAAAUCUCCAAAGAAGGACCCUCCGGUUAAACCCACUUGUCCUACCGACACACUUAAGCUCGGUGUUUGCGCAGACCUAUUGGGCUUGGUUAACGUUCUUGUUGGUUCUCCACCAAAGACUCCAUGUUGUGCACUUCUUAAUGGUCUUGCUAAUGUUGAAGCUGCGGUUUGUCUUUGCACCGCUCUUAAAGCCAAUGUCUUGGGGAUUAAUCUCAAUGUUCCUGUUGAUCUGAGCUUGUUAUUGAACUAUUGUGGGAAGAAACUUCCUUAUGGCUUCCAAUGUGCUUGAAGAGAUUUUUUAAAAAAAUCUCUUGGUUAUGCUUUGUUCUGUUGGUUUCUAUUGUUAUCUAUUGUUUUUUUUUGUUUGUGAGAAAAAUGCAAAUCUACAACCUUUGUUAUUUCAUAUUGAACUUGUUAAUGAAAUCGUUUAUUGUAAUGUCUUAUUAUCUCUCCUAAUGUAAAUGUGUGGUUGAUAAAAGAUAUCAUUUCAA